CGCUGAUGUUGCUGUUAACAGCUGUUCUGAAACAAUGUCAAGACAAUUCCUCUUUCUAAAGAGACUGAAUUCGCUGUCAAGAUGAAUGUUCUGCUGUUGAAAGAACCGCGCGAGGGGGAAUCUGGCCCUGAUCCUUACAUCAAGGAGCUGGCGUCAUAUGGACACAAAGCUACAUUGAUUCCAGUUCUGGCGUUUAAAUUUGUGUCCCUGAACGUGUUGUCUGACAGGCUUUUUCAGCCAGAAAAACAUGGAGGGCUUAUCUUUACCAGCCCAAGGGCAGUGGAGGCUGUCAGAAUGUGUCUGGAUGCAAAUAACAGAAGGGAGGAGUGGAUCCGCGCUGUGAAGGAAAAGUGGAAUGCAAAAUCCAUCUAUGUGGUGGGGAAAGCUACAGCAGCCUUGGUGCGAGAGCUGGGCCUGGACCCACAGGGAGAGGACACCGGGACGGCAGAAGUGCUUUCACACCUUAUCCUUGAAAAGGAGGACGCCAGUGUUUUGCCGCUCUUCUUUCCGUGUGGCUCGAUCAAACGGGAAGUCCUGCCCACAGCGCUGAGGGAAAACGGUGUGCCACUGGAAACUCUGACAGUCUAUCAAACCGCUCAGCAUCCUGAUCUGGAGAAAAACCUGACGGACUAUUUCUCCGAACAGGGGGUUCCAGCUAGCAUUGCCUUCUUCAGCCCGUCUGGAGUCAAGUUCUGCCUGGAGGUGGUGCGGAGACUGGCAGGGCAGAAGUUGAACAGGAUAAAGUUCGCUGCCAUCGGGCCCACUACAGCAGACGCCAUGACUGCGGAGGGCCUGUCGGUCGGCUGCACCGCAGAGAAGCCCACAGCUCAGCACCUGGCUGCAGGGAUAGCACAGGCUUUGCAGUGACCCCUUCGCUCUGAUUCCCACUACCACCCUGUCCUCACCCUCACCACCGCUAGUGCUGUUAUGAGUGAUUGUUAUGUAAAAUUCCUCAAGUGGAGAGUUUUCUUGUUAAUUUUUGUGAUUUAUGUUUGUCAUUUUUUUUUUUAAUUCGUUUACUUGUUACUCAUGAGAGGGAAAACAUGCUCUGACAU